GCACAGCGGCGCCGCCACCGCCGGCAGCGCCGGCGCCGCGGACACCCCCCUCCACGCCUCGGCCAUGUUGGCGCUCUUCCAGAUUGCGGGCAUCCACGCGGCCUCCGAGGCGCGCGGCGCGCCGCCGCCGCGGCCGCUGCUGCACACGCGCGUCUCGCGCUACGCCGGCUGGUGGCUGCGGCACCGGAACUUCUUCAAGCGCGCGUACGAAAUGCACGACCCCUCCGGCGCGGCGCGCGCCGCGUGCGGGCCGGCGGACCAUUCGGCGCCGACGGCGCUGCCGCACGGCAUUUUGUUGGUCAAAGAGGGCGCGACGCCGGAGGAAACGGUGGGCAGCGGGGGCGGGGCGGGGGUCCUGAGUCGCAGGGGUUGCGGGGAAGCUGCGGGGGUGGUGGUGGGUUGCGCCCUGUGCUCUGCUGUGGGCACCAGGGUGUAG